CCCGACCCCGUCGUGUGCGCAUCAGCAGUCGAUCGGUAAACAGUCGGGUAGGAGCGAUGCACGCUCGUGUGACUUGACGUAUUUGACAAGCCUCGGAGCGCGGACCACGGCAGGAGCCUCACGGCUGCAUGCGGCACGUCGAACGCGGCAUCCUUUCCUCCAGGGGAUAGUGAUCCUCUCUUUUUUUUUUAUAAAAAAACUCCGCCAUGGACACGGACACGGACAGGCCUCUGCACGAGGAGUGGAAGAAGCGGGCUUUUGUGGGACCACUGCCGGACAGCUUCCUGAGAGUAGAGGAGCGCAAUGCGCAGCUGCAGCAGGAGGCGGCGGAUCAGCAGGCCGCGCUGGCCCUCCAGCAGCAGAUGCAGAACAUGUCGGUGGCUCACGACCCUCGAGUGGGUAGACUUAGCAUAACAAUUUCUCAGGCCAAAUUAGUGAAAAAUUAUGGAAUGACGAGGAUGGACCCUUACGCGAGGAUACGAGUGGGGCACUCGGUGUUCGAGACGCAUACAGAUUCUAACGGUGGUAAAAAUCCACAUUGGAACAAAGUGAUCCAGUGCAACCUUCCGCCCGGAGUUUCCCAGAUAUACGUAGAAAUUUACGACGAGUGUUCCUUCGUGAUGGACGAGCUGAUCGCGUGGGGCCACAUAGAGAUUCCACCGCAGGUUAUUCAGAAGGGAGAGACGCACGAGGACUGGUACAUGCUCAGUGGGAAGCAGGGAGAUAAUCAGGAGGGCAUGAUCAAUUUAGUUUUCAGUUACACGACCAAGUAUCAUCACCCGUACCAAAUGGGCUCCUCUUCAGUAAUGAUGGUUCCCUCUGCAACAACAAUGUUCGGCUUACCAUACGCCCCGGUAAACGUUUAUACAGCACCUCCGCCUGUUACACCGGCGGUCGCACCAAGCUCUUUGCCAAAUGCUGAGAUCGAGUUGAAGCAGAUCGCAGAAAUGUUUCCGAAUGUCGACAAGGAAGUCAUCAAAUCGGUGUACGAUGCCAAUCACGGCAAGAAGGACGUUACAAUUAAUUCGUUGCUUCAGAUGUGCGAAUAAGUCCUAAUUUUCUACGCAGCUAGAAUGCCAUACGUAACUUUAUUCGUAUCCUUUGUUAAUAAACAUUUCUUUGGAACGUAAGACGACAUACGGGAAUCUAAUUUGUAAUACUUCCAUACGUAAUAUAUAUUAAGGUUCGAGCAUUUUUUCGAAUGUACGAAAUAAUGAAGUAUUUAUUUUCCGAAAAAAAACAUGUUUUAAUUGAAUAUAACAUUGAAUUAUUCUUAGUCAAUUUUGUUAUGUGUAUGUUAUUGUUAUUUCAGAGUUUAUAUUAUCUUUUUCCUCAUAUUUCCGCACAUAUGAGUAUUUAUUUCUCAAUUGCGUUAUAUGUUACAAGGUAUAUGAUUUGCUUGCCGCUGUAUAUAAUUUAAAUAUAUAUUGCGCGUUCUACAAAAUUGUAAAAAGACAUACGCUUGAUUCAUAGUUGCACAUAAAUUGUAAUAAAUAUUAAAUAUCAA